AGUUGUUUUAAGCACGCCUAGGGACUACUCUUUUGAUAAUCAUAAGACACAUUCUGUCUGUAACAUCGCGCAGCAUUUCACCACCGAAGCAUGGCCAGCAAGCCCCGUAUCCGCGAGCUUGAUCUCGCAGGCAAAGUUGCCGUCAUCAGUGACUGCGCAACCACCAUCGCAGACUCUCUGGCCAAGUCAUUUGACUCCCGCAUCGACAUAUUCGUCAACAGCGCCUGCGAUCCUAUGCCGGGCACGAUUGGCCAGAUGACCGCGGCCGAGAUCCAGCGCAGUCUUCUCGGCAAUGUACAGACGCCCGUGCUCAUCGUCGAGGAGCUUGUCCGGCGGCGGUACUUUCAGCCCGACAGCCGUAUCAUCUACAUCUCAAGCAUCCGCACCCGGCAGCCGUGGCAUAUGCAGCUCAUGUACGCCUCCACAAAGUCGGCCGGCGAGUCGCUCUGCCGCACAUGGGCCCAAGCAUUUGGUGGCAAGGAGGAGGCAUAUACCUUUAUGAAGGGGACUACGGCCAACUCGGUUGCUGUGGGGCUCACCGAGACGGAGGCCGUGGUCAACUGCGGACCAGAGGCAGUCAAGCAAUUCCAGGACGAGUUCUUCCCCGCCCAGAGCAUACCCCGCUUCGGACAACCCGAGGAUGUGGCCGAUGUCGUUGGCUUGUUAUGUGGCGGGGAUGCGCGCUGGAUCACGGGCUGUGUCGUGAGUGCUAGUGGAGGUGGCAUUAAAAUAGCUUGAUGCAGUCAUCUGCCGCAUCUCAACCUACUUUCAGCUCUUACUGAAGCAUAGAGCAGAGCUGGGGAAGAGAAAUCAUAUUAUCAAGGUGGUCGGGCGCACAUUCAGCUCCAUUUCGCCGACGGAACAGCUUCGCAGUCCAUUCAGUCACUAGAAGUAUCGUGCCA